GCAAAAUCCCCAAGUUAAUCAACCCAGUGUGCCAGUGUCGGAGGGUUAAAGUCCGAAUGAGGUUUUCUAUUGUCAGCUCCACAAGAAUUGCAUUACGGUAACUGUGUGCGUAAAAACGAAACACUUUGAUUUUGUUACAACCAAGCCGAUAUUGUCCCUUUAAUCAAUACGAUGUCAAGGGUGACCUCUUAAAAUUAGCAUUUCUGUACAUGAAACGAGCACAUUUUACUCACCACGUGACAACUGUAACAAUUGAAAGAAUCCUUUCCACAAGCGACAGUGUGGAUCGUGUGGUGUGCAGGGUACCCAUGAAAAGUAAACGGCAAUGCAAGUUGGGGCGAAAUCUCAUCUACGUCCAAAGGUGGAGCUGCACAUUCAUCUGGAUGGCGCAGUCAGACCAUCUACUGUGUGGGACUUGGCAAAAAAGCGUGGAAUCAGCGUGCCGGGUUCAACAGCUGAAGAGAUGAUACGUAUUAUACAAAACUUUGACAUGGGAACCCUUCCGAAGGUUUUGGAGACGUUCAAGAUUUUCUUACCUCCUUUGAUCGGUGAUAAAGAAGCUCUUCGCCGAAUUUCUUACGAAAUUUGCGAGGACAAGGCCAAGGAAGGUGUCGUCUACUUUGAGGCUCGAUUUAGCCCGCAUCUUUUGGUGUACUCGGAUCAGGAGGGUGGCCAUGUUAAAGAGAAAGCGUUAUCGACUCACGACGUGAUGCGUAGCAUCGUGGAGGGAAUAGAACAAGGACAAAAAGACUUCAACGUCAAAGCGCGUCUUAUCAUAUGCACUGCCAGAGAGACCCCUGCUUUGGCCUCAGAAUGUCUUCAUCUAUGUCAGGAAUUUCAUGAAAUUGUUGUUGGCAUUGAUGUUGCCGGCUGCGGUGGUACAAACGAAAUAGAACGCGAGGAAUUUCACCGUGAAGUUGUCAGAGUUUUUCAGGAGGCUGAACGUUGUGGCAUUCAUCGCACUGCACAUGCUGGUGAAGGUGGACCAGCCGGCAAUGUGAAGAUUGCCAUAGAAGAACUGAAAGCUGAGAGAAUAGGACAUGGCUACCACGUCCUGGAAGAUGAUGAUAUCUAUCAGAUGGUUAAAGAUAAAGGCAUCCACCUUGAAAUCUGCCCAACAUCCAGCGUCUACACUGGGUCAUGUGACUCGGACUUCACAAAACAUCCUUGUGUCAGGUUAUCAUCGUUUUUGUUAAGAACGUGUUGAUUUCGUCAAUGAAUAACACAGCUUUUUAUAGAUAGUAAUAUAUAAUAUUAUCUUAAUAUUUCUUGACGCAAAAGGAUGGUGGGCCCAUUGGAGUAGUGAAAUGCCCAUUCCUGUUACAUUCCACUCAGAUGAAAAGAUCAGCGAAUACUUUCAGGGUUAUCGUUCCAAUGCAAUUCUUUCUGCUAAUGCCUUUUAAUGGUGGUCAUGGUAAAUCCCAGAAGGGAAUAUAUUCCAAACUAGUCCGAGAUGGUCCGUUUGAUCACCCCCACCCCCACACACACAAGUGUGUAUUUGCCUGCAACU